AUGACCCUUACAUCUUUCCUCUCUUCGCUUCUUUUGCUCGCUUUGCUCGCUGCUGCCAAACCAGUCGUCGUGAACCGAUUCCCGGUGACGCUGCCGUUGACCAGAUUCAUCAACUCCACCGGUGUCUACAACCUCCUGCAACAUGAUCAGGCUCGCGCACAAGUGUUCAAGUUAAAGAAUCGUGCCCUUGGGAGAGGCAGCGCUCCGGCCGCCAUAAUCAACGAGCCGAUUACUAAUGCCUUCGUCUAUUACUUACGCUGCAUCGGUUGGCGUUGGCAGUCCAGCUACAACUUCUCCAACACCUGGCUUGGCGCAGGAAAAAAGUACGUACUUAGCAGCACUAGCAAAUUUACUGGCGAUCUCGUGUACGUUCGCUAUGGAUCUGGCUUCUUCUCAGGAUCGGAGUGGAAUGAUACAGUCACAAUUGAACCUGGUUUGGUCAUUCCUAAGCAAUCAAUUGGCGUUGCAGUGGUGAGCAGUGGAUUUAAAAAUAUCGAUGGCAUUCUUGGUGUCGGCCCGGUUGACUUGACAGCAGGCACUUUGACAACUAAACCUGGGUCCACAACCAUCCCAACGGUAACUGAUAACUUAUUUAAGAAUGGCGCCAUCACUUCGAACGAAAUUGGUGUAUUCUUCGCACCGAUCACUCAAGCACCUGGUCAGGGGGGGGAAAUUACCUGGGGCGGAGCUGACACGGCUAAAUUCGACGGCUCAAUCAACUACACUCCGAUCACUGGAACCUCGCCCGCUAGUGCUUACUGGGGAAUCGACGAGUCUAUCACCUAUGGAGGGACAACGAUCCUCGAAACUACGAAAUACUCAAACUUCUGCACAGGGACUACCUUGAUUCUGAUUGCCACCGAUGCUUAUAAGAAGUACCUCGUGGCUACUGGCGCCACUUUCGACAGCGCCACUGGUCUACUUACUAUCACCCUCGCCGAAUACAACAAUCUACAGAACUUGGUCUUCACCACCCCGGACGGCGUCCAUUACACGCUCAUCCCAAAUGCCCAGAUCUGGCCCCGUUCCCUCAACGCAAACAUUGGUGGAACUCCAGGUUCCAUCUACCUCAUCAUCGGCGACAUUGGCAGCAACAGUGGGCAAGGGCUUGAUUUUAUUAACGGUUUCGCAUUCUUGCAGCGUUUCUACUCAGUCUACGACACCGGCAACCGGCGCGUUGGACUUGCAACUACACCUUUCACGACGUCGACUGCUAAUUAA